ACACCCAUCAACGUUCUCCCUUAAUUCCACACACGAAACCUAAACACAGAUAACCAAAUGAAGAUCCAAUGCGACAUGUGUGAGCAAAAGGAGGCCGCCGUUUACUGCACCGCCGAUGAAGCCUCCCUCUGCCAUGCCUGCGACCGCCGUGUCCACCAUGCCAACAAGCUCGCCAACAAACACCUUCGUUUCUCCCUCAAUCCUUCUUCAGAUGAACCUCCUCGAUGCGAUAUCUGUCAGGAGAGAAGAGCGUUUCUGUUCUGCAAAGAAGACAGAGCGAUCCUCUGCAGAGAAUGUGAUAUUUCGAUUCACAGAGCAAACGAACACACACAAUAUCACGAUCGAUUUCUUCUCGCCGGCGUUAAGUUAUCGGAUUCAUCUUCCUGUUACGAUAAGUCAUCGGAUCAAGCUUUAUGUUCUUCUAACUCAAACGGAUAUAGCGAAAUCGAUAGCAGAAAAAGCUCCAUUGUUUCCGAGGAUCAAAACGCUAGAUCAGCGAAAUAUUUCACAUCCGUAAAUGAUCAUUGUGACGGUGCAAGCCGCGAAGAAGGUGCUUCAAUGGCGGCCAGUAGCAUAUCGCAGUAUUUAAUGGAGACAUUACCGGGAUGGCAUGUUGAAGAGUUUCUAGAUCCUUCUGCUUCCCAUCCCUACGGCUUCUAUGACGGUUAUGACAGUGGUACAUUGCCGUUUAUGACACAUGAUUCUAACAACAGUAGAGAUUUAUGGUCAGAAGAUCUGGGAAUUUUCUUAAAUUCAUCAUCAUCAUCAUCAUCCUCCAUGGAUCAUCAAAUAUCAAAAACAAGAAGCUUAUCAAAGAGAGUGUUCUUGGAUGAAGUGGAGAGUUUGAAGAAAUUGAAUAAAGACCAACACACAUUCAAGCCUUCAUCUAUAAAGAGACCAAGACAAGACCAAUUAUGGUAGAGUGGACUUCUUCUCCAAAACCUAAAACUUUAUUUCCCAUUUUUUUUAUAAACCGAAACAAAAGGAUUUAAUGAAUUUCACCCGGAUACAAAGUAAGGUUUGAAAACUGUAAGAUUGGUUUGUGACUUUAC